UAAAAAACACACGCACAUGUUCACUAUUCAAAUAUGACUAAUUACCUCAGUAAAUAGUAAAAUGUGUAAAAUAAAAAAUCAAGACCAAACACUUCGUAUAUCCCUUUUUGUGAGAGCCAGUCGCGGACCAUGCCUACGAUUUUACACGUCAUACGCAAACAAUGCAAUUUUCACAACCACGGGCACCCAGUCUGAGAGUCCAUUCCGGGUAGCUAUGCUGCGAAUCGUUUGUAAUAAAGCCCGUGCAUGCCAACUUCCACAGCAAAAGACUUAGCCACCCCGUCGCCACGUACCCGGCUACCGACAACGAAACGGUCGGGUGUAGAGGUUCCUUGCUUUCACUUGUUUAAAAUGCGUGUGUCGGGGUAUUGGGGAGCAUGGCUGAUCAGCCAGCCCUGAGUACCUGAAAGGGAUUUCGCAGGCGGCAACACUUUUAUAUUGCCCGUUAGCGCCGAUUGUUUGCUGUUAGGAGUGGCGACGAACUACCUGUUAAGACCUCUCUCCCCCCGGUCUCUUUUUCUCAGCCUAACGGCAGUUAAAUGUGAUAUUAGCCGGUGGGGGACAUUUCCAGGACAGAUACCUACCCGUUGUGCUACGAGUCCUUGGAUACUAACUUUGCGAAUCUUCAUUGCUUUGCGAACGUGAUUGUGAGUUUUGUUUCAUUUAAAGAAAAAAAUCUAGUCAAUGUCGUUUAGCUGUUGUGUGUUCGGGAAAUACGGAUGAGGCAGCUACUCAACAUGUUUAAUGAGAAGUUUUAAUUCACCACCCGGUAUAAGGCUCGAUAAAGGUAAACACGUCAGUACACCUCAAGGGUCAUGGACUGAGGCCACCGACAACAAACUACAGAGUUACGAGACCUGUUCUUAGUUCGAUGGUGAACCCAACGGACUGUCAGCAGAUAUAAACUAAACAGAUAUCGAGUGGUGUCGCUUUGUGCUUAUAUUUUCGAAGAUUACCCUUUUCUAAGUAAAGAAGUAAUACAGGUAGAAGACACAGGUCGAUGAAGAUCUUUUCUUGCGACAAACACAUUUUCUGCUGGAUUUACUAAAAUUGCGGAGAUUGUCGAGUGAGACAUCGCGAUGGACAUUCUGUGGACAGAAAGUUAAAGCUCUAUCCAAGGUGUGAAGCCGCAAGCUAAGUGUCAGCUCGACAGUCACGCUUCAUUGACUAUGUGACGAAGCCAGGCCUCUGUCGCACGAUAUCAAAGAUACAGGCCAAGCAUGAAGCGAGUCACGUUUCACGUUGCACAGCAGACGUAAGGAGCUGCCAGCGGAGGGGUAGGGCGAGAAGGUCAAAGCUCACCUGUUCCCGCAAAUAGGUCACAACAACCACGAUGACAACCCGAGGGGCAGACAACUUUCUCGUGUCCCAGGAAAUGACGACACCAGUCAGUGACGUCACGGACGAGACGAGCUCGUCGUCACAUGACGAGACCAAGUCGACCAACUCUUCUCCUGGAGGCGGGCAGUCGACUGAGCACCGGCUGUACGUCGUCAACCGUGCAGGGACCGGUGAGGCGUCCUACCUGAUGCUGACAUCAGACCGGGCUGCUGUCGCCUCCUACCGGCUGCACACAGAAAUAUGGAAGCCCACCCUGGAUGUCACCAAUUUUGGCGUGGCUGUCGUCGAUAACUUCCUCUACGUCAUCGGCGGCUUCGACCGCCAGCGAGCCAGACAUCUGAGCCGCGUCGUCAGGUAUGACCCCUCAGAGGGCACGUGGGUGACCUGCGCGUCGCUGAACGUGGCACGUGCGAAGUUCGGCGUCUGCGCGAUGGGUGGCAUGAUCUACGUGUGCGGGGGAGAGAAGAGCGACGGCCGGGUGACAGGAAGUUGUGAGGUGUACGACCCGGAAGCGGACAGCUGGUCCAAAGCGGGUAUGCUACCCCAGCCCAGGGCCAACCCCGCAUGUGCCUCGCACCGCCGCGAACUGUACUGUGCGGGUGGCUACUUCGGAAACACCUCGCACAACAAUCUGUGGCUGUAUGAAGAUUACAAGUGGAAUGAAGUCGAUGUCCAUUAUCCUCAUCUAUUACCUGCCAGUCUAGACAGGUGCGCGGUACGGUGCUGGACAACACCUUCUAUUUCUAAGUUCUUUAGGAGGUACAUCUGCUGUUUGUCAGGUGUAAUGUCAAAGGUCAGGGGCAAGGACGACAGGCCGAUGUUCCUGACCGACCGCCGUGCCUUCUCUUACUCCACCUGCAUCUCCGCCAUGCCCAAGAGCUCGGACACCUCCGACCUGAUCUCCCCCUGGAACCUCAAGCUACCGGCCAUGAACCAUGCACGUCACAGCGCAGGCGCCGUGGCUCUCGGAUAUAAGGUCUACGUUGUGGGCGGUACCUCAUUAGAGACCGGCCAGCCAGUCAGAAUAGCAGAGUACCUCGACACGCGCACAGGAAUCUGGGAAGAGGACUUCAACUUCCGGAAAGGUGACGUCUCCAACGUGGCAUGCGUACUCCUGGCAGUUCCCAAGAUCCCCGUCAGUGAGCGCAAGGUGGCAUACAGACUGAAGUGGGUCAUGUGGUGACCUUAUUUUCGCUGAUCACGUGCUUGUCCCGAUGCCGGCUACAAAUGUUUAACCGACAAAAACUUCUUGGAGGACGUCUGUUCCGGUAAACCUCUGCAUGUCCGCUACACUCUGUGCCUUCAGCAAUGGAUUGAUGACUUCCGGCAUUUGUAGCAUCACUACAUUUGACCCCACGUUCUGAUGACGUCACCGGGGGCUUCCCGGAAACGACCUAACGACAACAGCAAAGACAUCAAGAAUUACUACAGCAGUGCGACGGUUUCUGCUGUUACUUCUGAUGCUUUUGAUAGAAAGAGCGCCAAUGAAGAGUGCUAAUAAUUUUUAAAGAAAACAAUGUUUGUCAAGGAGACGCUGUCUCAGGUUUUCAAAAAUGAACUUUUCUGUCCAAAUCUUCAUAUCAAGGUGCAUGAAAGUUUCGGUAGAGAUUCACGUGUAUGCAUGUGUAACCUGUGAAUACAAGGGAUUUUUUCGUGUUAGCAGGAAAAUACAUAAUCUGCUGACAAAGGAAAAGAUUUCCUGCAUAUUCGUGCAUUUCCAGUUACAAACGCCUUGUGCUUUUGGAAUGCAUGCAGCCACAUAAACACGGUCUGAAAGUACAGGGACACAUGAGUUAGUCAUCCUGCGAACCCUUUGUUAUUCAUCCUGAGAGAAAACUCUUUCAUAAAAAAAAAAUCUUUGCACAGUAGCUUAUGUUUCUCUUCAUACCUUGAGUGGUUCAGCUUCUAUUUAGUAAACAUUGAGGGAUUUUUUUUCGGAA